AGUCAAACCUAGACCUUGCUCUUCCACUCAGAGCUAGACCUUCCUCUUCCCUCCCUUGCCAAUUAUACAUAGCAGCUGAUGAUGCUACAUGAUGGCUCGAAGCAGACCCAGACAUCAAGGGAGACCUCCCACCUUCCUCGAGCUGCUUUGUUGCAGAACCACAUCCAUGGAAAUCUACCCAGCACACGAUGCCCAUAUUUCUCCAAGGUCUGAUAGCUGUAGGGAUCCAGCAUCUUCUGCUCCUCGGAUGUCCGCGAUGUGAGCAAAGCCCUUAUGAGGCCUCUUGGAAGUCGGGUUACACCACGUCAUAGGCUUUCCAAUGUCCAUUUGGAUUGUCUCUUUCUCAAAGAAGUCAAGGAAGUUGAACAGUCUUGGCUUCAGUCAUAUGGAUACAUCCCUCAAGGUGGCUUACGAAUGUCCACAAUGAGAUCAGCGCAGACACUCUCCAAUGCCAUCGCUAACAUGCAGAGAUUCUAUGGAAUUCAAGUCACUGGGGAACUGGAUGAAAACACAAAAAUGUGGAUGAAGAAGCCCCGCUGUGGUGUUCCUGACAACUUUGGUACAGAAAUCAAGACGAAUCUGCGACGCAAGCGGUAUGCCCUUACAGGACAAAAGUGGAACCGGGAACGUAUCACGUUCAGUAUCCAGAACUAUACACCCAAAGUGGGAGAAUAUAAGUCACUCCAGGCCAUCCGGAAGGCUUUUGCAGUCUGGCAGAAAGCUACACCGUUAAUCUUUGAGGAGGUUCCUUAUUAUGAUAUUCGAUAUGGCCGCAGGAAGAAUGCAGACAUCAUGGUCUUCUUUGCCUCUGGUUUCCAUGGAGACAGUUCCCCAUUUGAUGGUGAGGGUGGCUUCCUGGCUCAUGCCUACUUCCCCGGCCCUGGAAUGGGUGGAGACACACAUUUUGAUUCAGACGAGCCUUGGACACUGGAAAACAUUGACCUUCAGGGGAAUGACCUGUUCCUGGUGGCAGUACAUGAGCUGGGCCAUGCUCUGGGUCUAGAACAUUCUAACAAUCCAAGUGCCAUCAUGGCACCCUUUUACCAGUGGAUGGAAACAGAGAAAUUUGAGCUUCCGGAAGAUGACCUUAGGGGGAUCCAGCAGAUUUAUGGCCCACCAGAUAGCAAACCCAAACCCACAAAUUCACUGCCGACCAUGACACCACAGAGGCCAAAGAAACCCAAAACUCCUACGGAGAGAAAGCCAGCUCCCAGGGACCCUGAUUCUCACAGUCCCAGGACUACAGAUGGACCUACUCAAUAUGGUCCUAAUAUAUGUGAUGGCAAUUUUGAUUGUAUGGCUAUGUUGCGGGGAGAAAUGUUUGUGUUUAAGGGACUCUGGUUCUGGAGGGUUCGAAAUAACCGAGUACUGGACAACUACCCAAUGCCUAUUGGCCAUUUCUGGAGAGGACUGCCAGCCAAUAUUGAUGCAGCGUAUGAACGGCAUGAUGGAAAGUUUGUGUUUUUUAAAGGUGAUAAAUUCUGGCUGUUCAAUGAAGCGAUGUUGGAACCAGGGUACCCCCGUCACCUGAUGGAGCUUGGUGCUGGAAUGCCUCAUGACAGGAUUGAUGCAGCCAUCUGGUGGGAAAUCACUGGUCAGACGUACUUCUUCAGAGGGGACAGAUACUGGCGCUUCAGUGAAGAGAGAAGAGCAGUAGAUAGUGGCUAUCCAAAGCCAAUCAGCAUUUGGAAAGGAAUCCCACCUUCACCAAGGGGGGCCUUCCUCACUGUCAAUGGAGCUUACACACAUUUUUACAAAGGCACCAAAUACUGGAAGUUUAACAACCAGUUGCUGAGAACAGAACCUGGUUACCCAAAAUCUAUCCUUCGUGACUGGAUGGGAUGUCAUCUGGAUGUUGAACCUGAUUUUGAUGAAAAGGAGCCUAAUUUGGAUAUUGAUGAUUUUGAUGAUACUAAUGAUAUUGAUGACAAGGAUGAUGAAGAAGGUGAGACAAAGGAAGAGAAGGAAAAAGAGAGGGAAGAAGAGGUGGACGUCCAUAUUAACAUCCCUGUGGAUGACUAUACUAGAACAAUGAAUAUAGUAAUUGUCAUAGUCCCACUGAUUUUGCUGCUCUGCAUUCUGGGAUUGAUCUAUGCCAUCCUCCAACUGCAGAAGAAGGGAACACCAAGACUCCUGCUGUACUGUAAACGCUCCAUGCAGGAGUGGGUUUGACGUUGACAUUGGUACCCUUACUAGAUGGCUCGCCAUUGGGUCACAGACAAUGAGUCCAGGUGACACUGCUUCUCAAUUUUGUUUGUUUUAUUUUAUACGGUCCUGCUCAAUGAUGCUAAGUGAGGCAUUAAACGUAAGAAACGUAGAGAAUUUGGAGAAUUUUGAGAUGGCCCCAGUGUUAUCUGGUUAAAAGAAUUUGUGAUGUGGUUCCAAGGAAAGCUUCCUGUGCCUCUUUACCUCCAUACCCUUAACUGUGCUGAGUAAGAUGGUAUAAAAGUGAAGCCUGGCCUGAGAAAGGAUUCCUCCUGGGCUUCCAAAAGGAGUUUCACUGGCUAGAGAUGAUGAACCACAAGGCACAAAACACUUGAAAUAAUUACUACUGUUUGAGCACAUCAUUCAUUGGGAUUAAUUCAUAAAUAAUUGCUAUCCAACCCCACUGCCUUUAGUCCACUGAAAAAUUUCCACUCCUGAGCUGAAUAUUUUCUGAAUAUUAGCUAGGAUUAUCAUGACUUGGUGUUAGGACAACUGCUGACAGCUACACUGAGUCAUUGAAAAAUUAGACAUUCAUUGGAGCAGCCACAAAAAAUAAUUUUGUUGCUCUAUACUUUAGAAUUGAUGCAGUUACACCAGUUAUACCCGGAAAGCUUUAAUGAAAUCACUGUAUCAUUGGGAGAGAGGUGCUAUUCCAUUGUAUCACUGUAAAAUAAUUACUGUAAUUUACUACAAACACUGGGAGAUUGUCAUUUACUUUCCCAUAACUUAGAUUUAGCUGAUUCAAUGAGAUGUCCUUACCAACAUUAUGACUCUGUUGUGGUUAGACCUGUUCCAAAAAUCAUUCCAUUUCACCAAAUUUUAGUUGAGGACCAAAGAAUUUUAUUGAUUUCUUUCUUAAAGCUUUGCACUUGUGCCUUUCCUACAGAUUGGGUUGUUGCUGCCGUAAAGCAUCAAAAAAAUUGUUUACCAGAAGUCCUGGCUGAAAGCAGGACCUCCUAGACUUUGGGCUGCAAUCUAGAGGCUGAUGCCUGCUGGUUGCAGACUUGUCUCUUCUGGCUGAGGACUAGAGCCUACUGAUUACAGUCUCUCUUAUCAAGCUAGAGUCAGAGUUCUAACUGGAUAGAGGUAUUAAAGAAAAGAUUCCCUUUAUGGAUAAUUUACAUUCUGAUUGAUUUUUCAUCAGUAGACUAUAUUGUAUAUAAAUUGUGGAGAUGUCCUUGCUGGCACUUUGACUCUGUUAACAUCAUAGGCUUGUCUCCAUAUUGGAGGCAGAAGUCUAAUUGAAUGGAGAUGAUCAAUUAGUAGAAGGAUUUCUCAUGGAGAUAUUCUGUCAUCUGAUGGCUUUGACUUAAAAAGAAUAUUGUAUAUAAAAACUUACAGUGGAUGCCUAAA